ACGCCGCCUUGUUUUGACGGGAGAGGGCGGCCGGUGAGGAGGUUUGAACCUUACGCGAGGGCAACCGCUUAAUAGCCGUAUGGACCACUCUAAAAUGGGCAUUUUUGUCCUGGUGUGGCUUUUCCUGCUGGUCCUUCACUACUCGACAUGUGCUGCUGACGCGAUAAGCGAGAGGAAAAAUGUCCUCUUCAUCAUAGCAGAUGACUUGCGGACAUCCCUGGGGUGCUAUGGGGACUCCCUGGCUAAAUCACCCAACAUUGACCAGCUGGCAUCCAAAAGCCAAGUUUUUCUCAACACUUUUGCACAGCAAGCUGUGUGCGCUCCCAGUCGGACAUCCAUGUUAACCAGUCGCAGACCGGACACAACCAGGCUCUAUGACUUUAACUCCUACUGGAGAGUCCACUCUGGCAACUACACAACCCUGCCGCAGUACUUUAAAUCUCAAGGGUACUUCACUAUGUCUGUGGGCAAGGUAUUUCACCCAGGCAUUGCCUCUAACAUGACUGAUGACUACCCUUACAGCUGGUCCAUCCCAGCCUAUCACCCACCGUCAUUCAGAUAUGAGAAAAAAAAGGUGUGUAAAGGGGAGGAUGGUAAACUCCACGUCAACUUGCUAUGUGCAGUGAAUGUGGCCGAGCAGCCUGGGGGAACCCUCCCUGACCUGGAGAGCGUAGACGAGGCGGUGAGGUUACUGAAGACUCGACCCAACGAUGGCACUCCUUUCUUCUUGGCUGUGGGCUUUCAUAAGCCACACAUACCUUUUAGGAUACCACAGGAGUACCUGAGCCUUUAUCCUCUAGCUCAGAUGACUCUGGCCACUGACCCAGAUGUUCCUGAACGCCUUCCUCCUGUGGCCUACAACCCCUGGGUGGAUUUAAGGAAGAGAGAGGAUGUUCAAAAACUCAACAUUAGCUUCCCCUAUGGACCUAUACCUAAAGACUUCCAGCUGCGUAUCCGUCAGCACUAUUAUGCUGCAGUGUCUUAUAUGGACGCACAAGUUGGGCGGCUGCUCAGUGCACUGGGAGAUCUGGGGCUGGCUAACAACACUAUGGUGGUGUUCACCUCUGAUCAUGGUUGGUCGCUGGGUGAACACGGCGAAUGGGCUAAGUACUCAAAUUUUGAUGUCACAACACGCGUACCUCUGAUCCUCUUUGUGCCGCGUGGCACUGAAGUCAGUAACUCAGCCUUCCCCUUUAUAGAUGUCUUAAGCCAACCAGAGCAGAGAUUCAAAAAUGGCAAAGUUAGAAGCAGCCUGGUGGAGCUGGUGGAUGUCUUUCCUACUGUGGCCUACCUGGCUGGCCUCAAAGUACCGAUGUAUUGUCCAGACAUUUCUUUCCAGGUGGAGUUGUGUACAGAAGGAGAAAACCGGGCCUAUACCUCUCUACAAGCGCAAAUGGAAAGGAGCUCAGAAGAUAUAGCUUUCAGCCAAUAUCCUCGGCCUGCUGAUACACCACAGGAGAACUCUGACCUUCCCAACCUUGAAGACAUAAAGAUCAUGGGUUACUCUCUGCGCACCUGGGACUAUAGGUACACUCUGUGGCUGGGCUUUAAUCCUAAAACCUUUCAGGUGAAUGUGUCUGAUGUCCACGCCGGGGAGUUGUACCUGUUAGCGGACGACCCCGAUCAGGACAAGAACGUCUACGAGGACUACAUGAGGAAGACUGCCAACCUUCCUCAUACUGUGAGUUUACAGAUGAGACUGAAGCUGCAGUUCCAGUACCUCACAGCAGGGAUGAAAACGCGCAGAGGGGAGAGAUGAGGACGAGAACAAAACACAACAGAUGGGGACGAGCAAAAAGGGAAGAUGGAUGGAUGAGAGGGAGAAAAAUGCUCGGAUGCUGUGUUUACUGUAGUCAAUACAUGAAUCAUUAUGUGAUAUCCAUGUAAUUUGUGUGAAAUUGGCUCUUCAGGCUAAUGUUUCCAUUCAAGAACUCAUUGAUGGGCAGAUUUAGUUUCUGGCUUUAAAAAAAUAUAUUUCACUCAUGCUUUGUUUCACCAAGUGGAGUUCAUGAUUUGCAAAGUAUGUUGAUGCUAACAAAAGGAAACAUCUCUAUGUGCAGAAACUUGUAAUUCAUUCAUCUUCCUUCUGUUAAACACAGCUUCCAGUGUUUUCAGUGUCUGGUCUCUUCACAUCAGCCAUUCAUGUCUGUGUAAACUGCAGCAUCAGCCUGUUUGGAGGAAGAGUCGUGAGGAAGAGUUGAGGAAAGGAAAAUUUUCUGCUUAUCUACUGUAGUCAAAGGAACACUGGCCUGUUUUUAACAGUUAGCUGCCUUUUUGUUUGGAGGUUAGAUGAGAACAUUGGUACCCCCCCC